UUGCUGCCAUUUCUGUCAAAACACCCCCAGCUAUGACUGCGCGCUGGUAGGGUGUCUACCAGCUGCCACUGCAGGGGCAGCUGGGAGAUGCUCUGCUAGCAUGUGGUCAUACUUGGGGGGAGCACCACCAUUAUAGAAGUGGUGGUGAGUGGUGGAGGAGCAGUUAUGGACCUCUCCUCUGCUGUAAAGGGGCUGUGCAAGCCCUCAGUUUUAAAGGGAUUGUGCCCGUGAUUUGGACACUGAAACGCAUUUUGGCACAUCCCUACUAUGGCCUACCUAUCCGAAUCCAGUCUAGGCAAGACGUGUGGCAUUAGCCCCCUGGAUCCUUUGGGAUCCCCAGUUGGUCUCCCUGACACAACCGAGUAGUCAUGCCCAUGAGGAACCCAACCAGUGUCACCAAAGUGCCCACCUCACAGCCAGAAAGCACCCAAAUCAAAUCUUUAUUAUGGUCCAAGACCAGCGUAAGACAAAAACAGUAGGGCAUAUCUCAUGACAAAGGCAAGUAAUGAUACCAUAAAGCUAUAUUACUAUGAAACUGUUAAAUUGAUACUAUACUGUUUUGUAAUACUAUAAAAUUGCUACACUUUAAAAUGGUGUGUGUGUGUCACAACUAAAAUUAUUAUAGCCAUAAUUAGGAGCAUCUAUAUUUAAAAAGAUAAGAAAAUAGAAUGUAUAAAAUAUGUAUAAGGUAAAAUAAAGAAAUGGGAAAAGAUGUAAAAUGAAGUACCUAAGACAAGAUAUAUAAAAUAUAUAAAUUAGCUAACUGGGAGAACUGAGCGGGCAAGUAAAAUAGGCAGUAGUUAAAACCUAUACAGGGCUGAUUACAUGGUUAUGGACUAGCAGUCAGGGACCGGCGGAUCUUACAUGCUCCUGUGCAGGAUUUGUUAUACGUGUUAUAUAUAUGUGUUGUACGUGAAGGCCCGGUUGGUCCACUAGCAACAUCUAGGUGUAGGCUUGGCUUGGGCGACCAGGGUACUUGAGCAAUAUUCUCUCUAACUUUUUUCGUCGUUAUGUGGAAUGAGUUUUGUUCUGGGUGACAGUAUCAAGGCAGUGUGCGUGCAUGUGAAUGUGAAGGCAUGUGGGACCUUCCUGAUAAAACCUGAGCGGGAUCUAAAAUUAACUGAGUGGACAUCAAAAAAGUGUGAGUGUAUGCACAUGCGCACACCUUACAGGGAACACUGUUGAGGAGUAGUGGAUGUAUAAGCUUGGCACGACUGUCUCUAUAAAAGGGACAGGAGAGGAGUAAGUGCUUUGUGGUUUCAGCUUCCACAGUGUCACAGGGACAAAGCCUCUCCAUGAUUGGAAUCUUCCCAUAUUUGUCUUCUAAAACAGCAGAGGAGAUGACAUGACAACGGGCAAGGGUGAAGGCCCUUCUGUGGCUUGGGAUUUCAGACAGUGACAAGUACCAGAAAGUAGCCAACUCCUCAAGAGGACCAACAACCAGACUCCUCAUGAGUAAAGUUUGCUUGUUCUCAAUCUCCAGGGAAAUGGUGUGGCUCUUUCCUAAGAGUAUUUAAGUCAUUUCCUUUUCUUGAGCAGUUGCUGGUAACUGCUCAAGCAGGUAUGAGUCAGUUGAACUCUUAUGUCAGUUAGAAUUUAGAACUUCUGCAUUCCUUGUUUCUACCUGUACUUGGCCAUCUGAUCCUGCUCUUGAUCCUGUUCUAAGACCCCAUUCCAGUGACCUCUGAAUUGGGUUUUUUUGCCUAUAAGACUUAACUUGAACCUUUGUUCCUGGGGGACUCUUUGUCACGCCCUCGAUCUCCGACAGCGAGGAGGAAGGGGAAGCUGUCAACUUUCCAGCCAAGUCAGGAGUGUCUGAGGGGCAGAGCCCGGCUGUCAGCGUUCAUGAAACGGCUGUGGUAGAUCCAACUAAUUAUUUAGAGCAGGCACAACAACCUGAGUCAGCAGAAAGCAUGAGAGACCAAUCGGAAGAAGAACUAGGCAAUGAAACACUGACAUCACAACAAUGCAGGCGCAAUAAAUGCAGAACGCAAUUAGAAUCUAUUAGAAGGAGCAAACGCCUCUCGCUGAAGGCUGAUAAGCCGUGAAUUAUUGCCAGCUGGGAACUAUCGGCUUCCACUAUAAAUCCUGUCACCAGCCGUCUACUCCUUGCUGAAAAACAACAUACGUCAUUCAGUUGACAGCGUUCAGCCAAGCCGUGAACUUCCCUGGCAUUUGGCCAGACCUUGACACUCUUGCCUAGGGAAUCCCAGUGUUCCCUCUAAGGCGUGCGUGUGUCUGCGUGCUCACACAUUUUUUGAUGUCCACUCACUUAAUUUUAGAUCUCGCUCAGGUUUAAUCAGGAAGGUUCCACUCUGAAUAUAUGUGUGUGCACACUCUGCCGCCCAGAACAAAACUCAUUCCGCACAUGGAUAAAAAAAGUAGAACACUGCUAGGGUUGGGCAAAAUGUUUCAAGCUCAAAACAGCCAUUUUGAGUGUUUCAAGCUGAUAACAAAUCACCCUUAAAAUAAAGGGCCUAUUUUGAGUGUGAAACAAAAGAGCCCUUUUUCAACUCAAAACAUUUUGCGUGUUUUGAGCACCGUUUUAGAGACCUGUUUUCCCCUUUCUGAUUGGCUUUCUGGCACUGGCUUCCAAUUGGCUUGCCAUCUCCUUGCCUUUUGAUUGGCUUGUUAUUAAAUUCAAGUGUGGUCAUGGGCAACAGUGUCCCCAUUGGCUGGGAGGAGGGAGUGGGAGCAGGAGCCAAAGGAGGGAUUUUCAAAAUGUACUUAAGGGACUGGGAGGCCAGAGAGCUCUCUCUUAUAGUGUGCCUCUCAGAGAAGAAAAGAUCAGCAGCACAGAGUGAGACUGGUAGAAUGGGGCCUGCCUGUGUGGAGAGGCAGAGUAUCUGUGGCUUUUAUCUGUGUUUCUCUUAUCUUGGCAGUACCAACUGCAUUGUCCCACCCCCCCCCCCCCAAUUUGUUUUCAAGUGUACCAGCAGCCCCAGUGGCUUUAACAACCCACCCACCCCUCCCCAGCUGCUGAGUACCAGAGUGUCUGCUCAGCCCAAGUGCCUCUGAGAGUGGCACAUGCACAGAUUCCAGCAGAAGACACUGGUUGCUGGAAUGUAAGCACUCCAACCUUGGUCAGAUUAGAUUUCUUUAAAGAAGGCCUAAUUUGGGGAAGGGAUGAGGUAUAGCCAGGUAUGUAGGACUGUAUGUAGGUCAGGAGGAGUGAGUUAGGAGAAAAGCCAGAGUACGAUCCUCCCCAGAGUACAAACCUGCUGAGAUACGAUCCUCCCCAUCUCUGGCAAUUUUCAAAAAACAUCUGAAAACCCAUCUUUUCGCCCAGCCUUUCUCAGCUUCCUAAACUUUUGGGGUUUUAAUCUCUGGUUUAUUUUUAAAUUGUUAAAUUGUUUUAAGUUUUUUGUAUAUGUUUUUAACUGUUUUUAUGCUAUUGUUGUUUUCUGUUAUUGUUGCAGAGACGAAAAUUUGGGGCGGUGUAAAAAUUUGAUAAAUAAAUAAAUAAUCCCCUUGUCCUUCCCUUCCCUUAGACUUACCCCAUUGUUCCUCGCUUCCCUCAAAAAGAAAAAGAAAAAACCCUCCCCUGCAAUAAAGCCUGCCUCUUUAUUUGUGAGGAUUUAAUUUUUCUAGCUGCAGGAAAAAAGUCCAGGGGACCCCUAUAAAUAUAAUUGAUUGAUAACCAGUACUCUUUAAGAAAUGUGGUGGCCAAGUUAUGCUUCCCAGCCCUUCUCAUUGGUUGUUGCCACCCUGUGAUGUCACAAAGAGACAGGACAGUUAAGUACUGGGAUAGAGCUAGAGGGGAAGGAGACAGCUGACAUGGGAAGGAGAGACAAGAGGCUCAGGAAGAGAAAGAACCAAAAAAAUGAGGGCCAUGAGAAAGGAAAGAUUAACACUAACACCCCACGAUGUCCUUGAAACCACGCGUAGUUGAUUUUGAUGAAACAUGGAACAAGCUUCUUACAACAAUUAAAGCUGUUGUUAUGUUGGAUUAUGUUGAAAGAGCGACAUGGAACGACCGCUUCUCGGACAUUUAUGCUUUGUGUGUGGCCUAUCCUGAACCUCUGGGGGAGAAACUUUAUAUGGAAACUAAAAUAUUUUUGGAAAAUCAUGUACACCAUUUGCACAAGAGAGUCCUGGACUCUGAAGAACAAGUACUGGUAAUGUAUCACAGAUACUGGGAUGAAUACAGUAAAGGGGCAGACUAUAUGGACUGUUUAUACAGAUACCUCAAUACGCAGUUUAUUAAAAAGAACAAAUUGACUGAAGCUGAUCUUCAGUAUGGUUAUGGAGGGGUGGAUAUGAGUGAGCCACUGAUGGAGAUUGGAGAGCUAGCACUUGAUAUGUGGAGAAGAUUAAUGAUCGAGCCCUUACAGGCCGUCCUUAUUCGAAUGCUGCUCCGUGAAAUCAAAAAAACUGAGCAGCAGUGCAAGCUUCAGCUCCUUGUGUCAGGCAGCCUUGUUCCAGGUGAUCGUUGUGGAGAAGAUCCAAAUCAGAAAGUAAUCCAUGGGGUUAUUAACUCCUUUGUUCAUGUUGAACAGUAUAAGAAAAAAUUCCCUCUGAAGUUUUAUCAGGAAAUUUUUGAGUGUCCUUUUCUGAAUGAAACGGGGGAGUAUUAUAAACAAGAAGCUUCAAAUUUAUUGCAAGAGUCCAACUGCUCACAGUAUAUGGAAAAGGUUUUAUGUAGAUUAAAAGAUGAAGAAAUGAGAUGUCGAAAAUAUCUACACCCCAGCUCCUAUGGCAAAGUAAUUAAUGAAUGCCAACAGCGAAUGGUAGCAGAUCACUUACAGUUCCUUCAUGCCGAAUGCCAUAACAUCAUCCGACAAGAGAAGAGAAAUGAUAUGGCAAAUAUGUACACGUUGCUUCAUGCUGUGCCAAGUGGCUUACCUCAUAUGAUUCAGGAACUACAAAACCAUAUCCAUGAUGAGGGCCUUAGAGCAACCAGCAGUCUUUCUCAGGAAAACAUGCCCACCCAGUUUGUGGAGUCAGUGUUAGAAGUACACAGUAAAUUUGUUCAGCUCAUCAGUACAGUUUUGAAUGGUGAUCAGCGCUUUAUGAGUGCCCUCGAUAAGGCUUUGACAUCAGUAGUGAAUUAUAGGGAACCAAAGUCAAUCUGCAAAGCACCUGAGCUGCUGGCCAAGUAUUGUGACAACUUGCUAAAAAAAUCAGCAAAAGGCAUGACAGAAAACGAAGUCGAAGACAAACUUACAAGCUUCAUUACUGUUUUUAAAUAUAUUGACGAUAAAGAUGUUUUCCAAAAGUUCUAUGCCAGGAUGUUGGCAAAACGGCUCAUCCAUGGCUUGUCUAUGUCCAUGGACUCUGAAGAAGCUAUGAUUAACAAAUUGAAGCAAGCCUGUGGUUAUGAGUUCACUAGCAAGCUCCAUCGAAUGUAUACAGACAUGAACGUUAGUACAGAUCUUAACAACAAAUUCAACAACUUCAUUAAAAAUCAGGACACAGUCGUUGAUUUGGGAAUAAGCUUUCAGAUAUAUGUUCUUCAGGCUGGUGCAUGGCCUUUAAAUCAGGCUCCUUCAUCUACAUUUGCAAUUCCUCAGGAACUGGAAAAAAGUGUACAGAUGUUUGAAUUAUUUUACAGUCAGCAUUUCAGUGGGAGAAAACUUACCUGGUUACAUUACCUCUGCACAGGUGAGGUCAAAAUGAAUUAUUUGUGCAAACCGUACGUAGCCAUGGUUACGACGUACCAAAUGGCAGUGCUGCUUGCCUUCAACAAUAGUGAAACUGUCAGUUACAAAGAGCUUCAAGACAGUACGCAGAUGAAUGAGAAGGAACUGACAAAAACUAUCAAGUCCUUACUUGAUGUCAAAAUGAUCAACCAUGACUCAGACAAGGAGGAUGUAGAGGCAGAGUCUACUUUUUCAUUAAACAUGAACUUCAGCAGUAAACGAACAAAAUUUAAAAUCACCACAUCAAUGCAAAAAGAUACACCACAGGAGAUGGAGCAAACCAGAAGUGCUGUAGAUGAAGAUAGGAAAAUGUACCUUCAAGCUGCUAUAGUUCGUAUCAUGAAAGCACGAAAGCUGCUGCGUCACAACGCUCUUAUUCAGGAGGUAAUUAGCCAAUCAAGAGCUAGGUUUAACCCAAGUAUCAGCAUGAUUAAAAAGUGUAUUGAAGUUCUGAUAGACAAACAGUACAUUGAGCGGAGCCAGGCCUCGGCAGAUGAGUACAGCUAUGUAGCAUGAGGUUGAUAUCCUGCAGGUAUGGUUGUACGGAGAUCAUUGCUGUCACUGCUUGGUGUGUCCUGUGGGGGGAAAAAAGCAGGCCUGUUGUGCCUCCAUAACCGGUCACUUGGCAGCCCCUGUUUCUUCUGCUGUUUACAACAUCACCAGUGCCACGUCAUGAGCGUCAAUGAGAAAACAAAAAGCCUAUAGAUAUUCCAAGCUCAUGUCAUUAUGACAUUUCUUAAAACUUUACUAAAAGAGAAUGAGUGAAAUCUUGCUGAAAUGUGGAAAUUUUGGUUGGACACCAUGCUUCCCCCCCCACUCCACCCCCUCCAUUCUACACCCCCCCCCACGUUUGCAGUUGAUGUUUUUUAAUGUAUCUUAAAAGGCAAAGUUGAAACAAACUAAAUAUUGUAAUAUGGCAGAUAACAUAAUAAUUGUAUCUACAUUAAAAUGUAAAAAGAACAUGAUACUGCUGCUUGUCAAAUAAAUAAAGACAUGGAAUACA